AUGUUCGCCAGAUCAUUUGCCUUCAGGGUGCUUGCGCAGCCGUGCCCAAAGGCUUCAUCAUCACCGGGCGCUUACUCGCCUAACUUGACAUGGAGGUAUUUCUCCUCUAGCGCCUCUCGGACGAAAGCGGCCAGCAGAGUCAAGGACACACCAUAUCGGAAGCCAGAGCCCUCAUCGCAGCCUAGGAGCCCUUCUUCGUCAGAAGAGGGGUUGAAAUUUGCCGGACGGCGCCCGGCGGGAUUUGCGAGACUAGAACGAAAAGUGGCCAAAGAAGGCGACUUAGUGUUAUACAAGGCCCCAUCACAACGAAGCUACAUACUCGGUGCAUACGGAGGCGCCCUUUUCUGCUUCGCGUAUGCUGUGUACAACUCAAAUGCAACUAUUCGAGACCCAGUGAUAAAACUACCGAAAUGGCAGCAGGUUCUGACAGGAGGAAUCUGCAUUAUCAUGAGUGUUAUGGGCACACUCUUUUUCACAAGGACCGGAAGGUUGAUCAAAACCGUCAAGGCCGUCAGCUCUGAAGGUCAGGCGCACCUCCGCUUCACAGUACGAAGCAUGGUCCCGCUCCGAAAGCCUUUUGAAUUCGAUGUACUGCCUCAUCGAGUUCUUUUUACGCGUCGGUUAGGUUCCUAUCUUGAACAGCGUGGUGGGCAAGGGCAUGUGGACGCUCGAACGAGCUUGAAAGGCCCUGGCCUUCUCAGGGCUCCCGGACAGGCGAUGAGCAGGGGUAUGUACAAGAUCUUUCAGUCCAUUCGACAGGUAUUCACCCAGGAGGACUUCAUCCUCUUAGAGGUCGAUGGGCAGAAGGAGCUCUACAACUUCAAAUCCUACAAGGGCCACCAUACGCUUCUCUUCGGCGAUGCGUACUUUACGUCGAUCAUCGGACCCAACGGGUCGGGCAAGUCCAAUUCGAUGGAUGCGAUUUCAUUCGUACUAGGAAUCAAGUCCUCCCAUCUGCGAUCUACGAACCUGCGCGACCUUAUCUAUCGAGGCCGCGUCCUGCGCACGUCGAAAGUCGACGCGGAUGGAAACGCGGUGGACGGAGAAACGAAUGGGGUGGACGGAGAUGAGAACGAAGUCGAACCGUCGCAGGACGCUAGCGGGACAAACGAUCCAAGAACCGCGUGGGUUAUGGCUGUCUACGAAGAUGAUGCGGGGGAGGAACAGCAGUGGCGGCGCUCUAUUACCAGCCAGGGUGUCAGCGAAUACCGUAUCAACAACCGUGUGGUAACUGCGCAGCAGUACAACGAGGCGCUGGAGGCGGAGAACAUCCUUAUCAAGGCUCGAAACUUCCUUGUUUUCCAGGGCGACGUGGAAGCGAUUGCCUCCCAGUCCCCAAAGGAUCUCACGCGCCUUAUCGAGCAGAUUUCGGGGAGUUUGGAAUACAAGGCAGAAUAUGAGCGGCUCAAGGCUGAGGCCGAGGAAUCUGCCGAGCAACAGACGGUCCAGCUUAACCGCCGCCGUGCGAUCAAUUCGGAAAUAAAGCAAUAUCAGGAGCAGAAGCGGGAAGCAGAAAACUAUGCUAGAAAAGCAGAGGAACGCGACCAGGCCAUCAUUACUCACAUCUUGUGGAAGCUCUUCCAUUUCCAGCGCUUAAUUGACGACUCGAGCGCGGAGAUCCAGAAGUACCAAGAUGAACUGAAGGAAUAUCGCCGAGGUGUAGAGAAAUAUGAGCGCAAUGUCGAAGACGCAAAGAAGUCCCACGCCAGGGUAGGUCGUGACGUUGCUACCGCCGAGAAGAACAUCGUGAAAAAAGAGAAAGAGAUUGAAGAAGCUACCAACGCUCUUGUUCCAAUUGAUGAGAAGGUCGACAUCACCAAGAAAAAGGUGGACAGAUAUAACUCUCGCAUCGCGGAAAUUGGCAAGGAACGGGACACACAGGCUGCCAGCGUCAAGCAGCUGCAAAGGGAUCUUAAAGUCGUUGAAAAGGCGCAAGCUCAAUGGGAGGCCGAUUGGCAAAAGGCUCUGAGCAAGCAAGGCGGCCAGCUCAGCCAAGCUGAUCAACAGGAAUACAAUAAACUGAAAGAGGAGGUCAACAAGCGAUCCUCCGCGGAACAGCUGAAGCUUGACAAUCUUAAGCGCCAGAGGAAGACCGACGCGGAGGCUUGCAACAGCCUGAAGAGCAAGUUCGACAGCACGAAGUGGCAGCUCCAGACGUUAGAGACUGAUACGAAGACCCUGAGCGAACGCAAGGCGGCUGCCAAUGAGACUGUGAAAUCAACGUCGAAGGAGAUCGAUAAAAAGAAAAAGGAACUCAAUGCGAUCACCUCAGAACGGCUGCGCGUCUCCCAGAUGCGGACCGAGUACGAAGAGAAACUUCAAGUAGUUUUGAAGAAGCUUCUUGAAGCAGACGACGGCAAAAAGCAGACAGAGAGGGAAAUUCGAGCGAAAGAGUUGAUAUCAACCCUCAAGCGGAUCUUCCCUGGCGUCAAAGGUCGUGUUAGUGACCUGUGCAAGCCAAAACAGAAGAAGUAUGCUGACGCCGUGAGCACUGUGCUGGGCCGUCAUUUCGAUGCUAUUGUUGUCGACAAUGAGAAGACCGCCAAAGAGUGCAUCCAGCAUCUCCGCGACCAGAGAGCGGGUCAGGCUACGUUUAUUCCUCUGGAGACCAUUCAAGUUAAAGCUCUAAACUCCAACUUGAAGGGCAUGCACCGCGCCAUGCGCCCUGCGAUCGAGACGGUUGACUACGACGAUUCUGUGGCAAGAGCUAUUACCUAUGCUUGUGGCAACGCUAUCGUAUGCGAUGACCUCGCAACUGCCAAAUACCUGUGUUACGAGCGACAUGUCGAUGCAAAGGCGGUUACUCUCGACGGUACUGUCAUCCACAAGGGAGGUUUGAUGACUGGUGGCCGUGGCCCCCAGCAAAACUCCAAGCGUUGGGAAGACUCGGAGGUGGAGAACCUCUUCAAGCUGAAAGAUAAGAUCAUGGCAGAUCUGGCGAACCUGCCAAAGGGCCACCGCAGGGGCACCGAGGAGGAAACUCUGCAGGGUGAAUUGGUCGGGCUGGAACAGCGACUUGCUUACGCCCGUGAUGAACUCAAAGCACUUGAGCGAAACCUGAAGGAUAAGCAUACUGAGUUGGACUUUGUCCAGCAACAGCUUGAGGAUCUUCGACCGAAGUACACAGAGAAGAAGGAGGUACUUGACGAGCUUGACGAGGCCAUCGCCACCUCUCAAGAUGCUGUCAGCGGUGUUGAGGAUGAGAUAUAUCGGAAAUUCUGUAAACGCCUCGGCUACAGCGAUAUUCGUGAGUAUGAAGUGCAGCAAGGUUCCCUGCACGAAGAGGCUGCGCAGAAGAAGCUCGAGUUCACGACGCAGAAAAGCAAAAUCGAGAACCAGCUUAGCUUUGAGCAACAACGGUUACAAACUACGACCGACCGAAUUGCUAGUCUGCAGACUCAACACCAGCGUGAUGCCAAUCUGAUCGAGGAGCUUGAGGCUGAACAGGAGGAGGUACGGAAUAAGCUGGAUGAGCUUAACGCCGAACUCGAGAUUCUGCGCGAGAAGCUUGACGAGCAAAAAGAAAAGUACGGACAGUCCGCUGAGAACCUGGCCCAGCACCGAAGAGAACUUCAGAAGCGCAGUAAGGACGUAGAAUCUACACUGAGAUCCAUCAACGGUCUGGAGACAGAAGUCCAACGCAACUCGUCUGGUCGAUACGCUCUCCUCCGACGCUGCAAGCUUGAGGACAUCGACAUUCCGCUGACUGAAGAAUCGAAUCCGCUUGAUCAACUCCCCAUUGAUGAACUUGUCCAAGGGGCUGACCCGGACGCGAUGGACGUGGACGAAGACACACAGACGAAUGGCGACUUCGCUGUGCAGGAUUACGGCAUAGAGGUGGACUUUGACUCUCUCGGGGAGACUCUCAAGGAGGACUCCGAUGAGAAGCUCGAGGACGAGCUGCUGGAAAAAGUCCGCACUCUCAAUAGCGAGCUUGACAAGAUGGCGCCCAACACGCGUGCACUGGAGCGUCUCGAGAGCGUAGAGAACAAACUCAGAGGCACAGAAAAGGACUUUGAACAAGCACGGAAACAUGCUCGAAAGUCCAAAGAUGACUUUGAAGAGGUCAUGCGGCGACGAUCAGAGCUCUUCAACAAGGCCUUUUCCCACAUUUCUGAGCAGAUCGGGCCUAUCUAUAGGGAACUCACCCGGAGCUCAAAUUACCCCUUGGGAGGACAAGCGUACCUCGACAUCGAGGACUCCGACGAACCUUACCUAGACGGCAUUAAAUACCACGCCAUGCCUCCACUCAAGCGUUUCCGAGACAUGGAGCACCUGUCUGGUGGUGAAAAAACCAUGGCCGCCCUAGCUCUUCUCUUCGCCAUUCAUUCAUACCAGCCAUCGCCCUUCUUCGUGCUGGACGAAGUCGACGCUGCGCUCGACAAUACCAACGUUGCUCGCAUUGCUAACUACAUAUACGACCAUGCGGCGCCUGGAAUGCAGUUCAUCGUCAUUAGUUUGAAGAAUGGGCUGUUCCAGAACAGUGAGGCUUUGGUCGGUAUCUACAGAGACCAGGUGGAAAACAGCAGCAAAUCUCUGACGCUUGAUCUACGGAAGUACACUUAG